AACGAGUGCGUCAGUUGAGCUACAGCACUCAGCGAGUUUGAGUGCACGUCAAGCGGAAACGUAUUUAGUAGCCUUUUGUGUCGCGUUCGUAGCGUUUUAUGACACGAAAUUUAUCGCGGAGAUUAUAUAGUUGAACAGAGGAGUACUGUACAGUGUCCCAGAGCCGCUGACGCGAAGGGAAUAAGGGAUUUACUUGGCUCUGUCCUUCCUGUUCAGCCUUUUGUUUUCCACUCGCUCGAGCAGCGCCCCCUGCGGCCGUACAGGGAAGAGCUCCAGCAUAGGGAGCCAGACGAGUGGCAGAAUCUCUUGCCUCCGCGCGCGCGUCGUGGGUCCCCCACGCUCAGCUGUCCGAUGCGGAGUGAGGAUGAGUCCCGCUCUGGAAGCCCUCAUGCAGGCGGACGGGACUCCCUAUUCCGGGAAAGGGGUGAUGCUUGAACCCUUCGUGCACCAGGUGGGGGGCCACUCGUGCGUUCUGCGAUUCGGCGAGCAGACUAUCUGCAAGCCCCUCAUUCCCCGGGAACACCAGUUUUACAAGAGCCUCCCGACAGAAAUGAGGAAGUUCACCCCUCAGUAUAAAGGCGUGGUGUCGGUCAGCUUCGAAGAGGAUGAAGGCGGGAACCUGUGCCUCGUCGCGUACCCGCUACACAGCGAAUCUGGCGACCUGGAAAACAAGGACCCCUCUGCCGACUGCGAGCCCAAGAGCAAGAUGUUGAAGUGGAGCAACAAAAAGCAGUCCCCCCUGCACCUGGAGAAUGACAACUACAGCAAAGAGCGAGUGCGACAGAGCCGUAAAGACGACAAGAUCAUGAGCUAUCGGGAUGACGUGCAGGCGCAGCAGCAGGCGGAGGUCCUGUACUUGAGCCUGGAGAAAGGCAACAUGGUGCCGCAGAUCAAACACAACCCCUGGAGCCUCAAAUGCCACCAGCAGCACUUGCAGAGGAUGAAGGAGAACGCAAAGCACCGCAACCAAUACAAGUUCAUCCUUUUGGAGAACCUAACGUGGCGCUACACGGUCCCGUGCGUCUUAGACUUGAAGAUGGGCACCCGCCAACACGGCGACGACGCAUCGGAGGAGAAGAAGGCAAAUCAGAUCCGAAAAUGUCAGCAAAGCACGUCGUCCUCCAUUGGAGUGCGGCUGUGUGGCAUGCAGGUCUACCAGUCUGACUCGGGCCAGCUGGUUUUCAUGAAUAAAUACCACGGCCGCAAGCUGAACCUCGCCGGCUUUAAAGAGGCCCUCUACCAGUUUUUCCACGACGGGUGUCGUCUGCGGCGCGAGCUGCUCUACCCGGUGCUCCGGCGCCUGCGGGAAAUGCAAGCUGCGCUGGAGGCCUGCGAGUCCUACCGAUUCUACUCCAGCUCCCUGCUCAUCAUCUACGACGGAGAUCCUCCCAGAACCCCUCCUCGACACAGACACCGCGGCGGAGAGGAGGGGGACGAGGACGAGUUGUCUGAUGAAGAGGAGGAGGAAGGGGCAUAUGUCCCUCGUUCGUCCUCCGCAGGCUGCAGUACCGGUGGGGCCGGAGGAGGCGGCGGCGGAGGCGGCAUCCGCUCCACACAUGGCACAGCUGAGGCCAGCAGCCCGGCGGUGGACGUGCGCAUGAUUGACUUUGCUCACACCACGUGCCGGCACUACGGCGAGGACAGCGUCGUGCAUGAGGGCCAGGACAGCGGCUUCAUCUUUGGACUGCAGAACCUGAUCACCAUCAUCUCCCAGCUGGAGGAUCACAGCACCGACUGAGUCUGCAACCGAGAGCCCACGUGGUUUGGAUUUCAAGCAGGAGCUCGAUGAGCCGACGCCCUGCUUCUACGAGGUGCCACCCUCCCCCUGCCCGCAUGGAGGUCUGACACUCCCUCCCGAUCGGAGGUUACCUCGGGGUGAGGGGGGGUGGAGAGCGUGUGCGGCGGUUCCUGCGCUCUCCCGGACCUGCCGGAGAACGGACGGGGCAGCCUGAGCCCUUCGUCGCACUUUUCCCUCUUUUUGAGACUGCUCCUUUUUCUUUAGCGCACAUGGCCAGAGGAGCGGCAAACAAGUUGGAUGUCUCUGGACGGACACGGACCCUUGUAGCAUCGUAGGACCCUCCCCUCUCCCCUCCUUGCCCUCCUCCUGCGCUAAACACGGGUUUCUUUAUUGUACGUUCUCUCUGAGAGAGAAAGCGUGAGGUAGAGAGCAUUGAAAUUCAAGUGUAGUUGAUUUGGUGUUUCGGGCGAGGGGGGGGGGGCUGUAAGGGCUGACUGGGCUGGCUGGGUCAGCAGCCUUGUAGCAAUCCAAAACAACAUGUAAGGACAUUUUGUGUUUGUGUUGGUGUUUGUAGGAAACGUGCUCUGUGUGUCCAAUCAGAACUCUUUAACGAAAGACAAACAACACGCUUUAGAAACAGAAGAAGGGAUUUCAUUUUUGUUUUGUUUUUUUCCUCCAAACAGUUCCCGUCUGUACUUUGUUGCCUGUAAACAGAAGACAGAAUUGCAAACUUUGUUUAUAUUACUGAUGUGGUUUUUGUUCGACGUUCUCUGUUCAUUCCUUUUAAGAGAAUUUACUGAUUAAAAUCACUAAAAAAACACAAAGACACUUAUUUAUUUGAAAAAAGUUGUUGAAUCACAUUCCAUAUAACCACUCUUAAAUGUGCUCUUCUCUUUCUGAAUUUAUUUUGUUACCGCAAGAGCCGAUAAGCUCUCUUGUAUACCUACCUAUGUGUGUUGGCGGUGUCUUGGAAAAUAAAGGCAUUGAUUUGUGGUA